GCAGCUGCCGCUCUUCGUCCCCUCCUCACAGCCGAGCCGUGCGUUCGGGCAGCAAACCCCCACGACCCCGCGCCAUGAGCAGCACCCCGCUGCUGGGCGCUGCCGACGCGGCGGCAGCCGCCGACGUGGAGGUGGCGGUCGAGGCCGAGGGCGACGCUGGCUUUGCCCGCUUUGAGGCGCGCUGCACCGUCUGCAUAGAGGAAUACGCGCCGUGUUGCAGCAUGCGGCGGCAGGCGUGGGAGGGCGGUUUUUGGCUGGGCACGCCCGUCGUGCUGGGUGUGCUGCUGGGUGCGCUGCUGCCCACCAGCCAGCAGUGCCCGGUGAUGCCUGAGCCUCUGGACCGCGUGUCGAGCAUCAUCGGCUGGGUCUACUUUUGUGCCUGGUCCAUUUCUUUCUACCCCCAGGCCUACCUCAACUACCGCCGCAAGAGCGUGGUGGGGCUGUCGCUCGACUUCCAGCUCCUCAACCUGCUGGGCUUUGGGUGCUACGCCGUCUACAAUACCGCUCUGUUCUGGAAUCCUGGAGUACGCAAGGAGUAUGCCUGCCUGCACGGCGGCUCCUUGCCCGCCGUGCACGCCAACGACGUCUUCUUCGCGCUGCAUGCGUCAGUGGUGACCGCUCUGACGCUGAUCCAGUGCGCACUCUACCACCGGGGCGGCCAGCGCAUCUCCUGGCCCGCAGCGCUGGGUACGGGCGUGGCAGGGGCUGCAAUCACGGCCUAUCUGGCGGCAGUGAUUGGCGCGGCGACCCAGGGCGGUGGCGGCGGCAUUGCCGGUGGCGCAUUCGCCGUCGCUGACGCGCCCGCCGUGCCGUGCGGCUCCACCCUCAGCUGGCUCUCCUUCCUCUACUUUCUUUCCUACAUCAAGCUGGCCGUCAGCCUGGUCAAGUACAUCCCGCAGGUGUGGCUGAACUACAGGCGGCAGUCCACUGUCGGCUGGAACAUACACAAUGUGCUGCUGGACUUUGGCGGCGGCCUGCUGUCGCUGGUGCAGCUGCUGAUGGAUGGAGCAUUGACUCACGACUGGACUGCGGUCACAGGCAACCCCGUCAAGUUUGGGCUGGGCUUUGCCAGCAUGCUGUUCGACCUCAUCUUCAUGGCACAGCACUGGCUGCUGUACCCAGCGGUCCCCGCCUGUUCGCUGUGGGAGGCGGCCGCGGCAGCGGCGGCACUGGACAAGGCCGCCUGCAAGGCAGGCGCGGCUGUUCCGGCUGGGGAUGAGGCGGCACCAGUGGCAGGGCUGGCGCAGGCCAGCGGCGGGCUGGCAGACUGGCAGCCGCUGCUGCUGCCGGAGGCGUGA